GUACUAGUACAGGUACGAGGUUGUGAGGGAGAAGGAGUAUAUGAGGUAUGAGGUGUCAAGCGGGCGCCGCCAGCUGAUGUCCUCACCGUCAGCUGAUACAACCACCUCUCACAGGCCCUCAUCUUCCUAACAAAAUGACACUUUCCUGCAUUUAGAAGAAAUUUAAUAUUGAGAUGUCGAAGCACUCGGGCACGGCGUCAGCACGCCUUAGGGCUGACUACAUGCGUAUCAAACGUGACCCUGUGCCUUAUGUUAUGGCUGAACCCCUACCUUCCAAUAUUCUUGAAUGGCAUUAUGUAGUUGAGGGCCCCGAACAAAGCCCCUACGAAGGUGGGUAUUAUCAUGGCAAGCUGGUAUUUCCCAUGGAGUAUCCCUUUCGCCCUCCCAGCAUCUACAUGAUCACACCCUCUGGUCGCUUCAAAACCAACACUCGUCUUUGUCUCUCCAUAUCAGAUUUCCAUCCAGACACCUGGAACCCAGCCUGGUCUGUGGCAACAAUACUUACAGGACUGUUGUCAUUCAUGCUUGAAAAAUCUCCAACAUUUGGUAGCAUUGAGACCAGUGACUAUGAAAAAAGACAAUUGGCUCAACAGAGUUUGAGUUUUAACCUUAAAGACAAGGUCUUCACUGAACUAUUUGCUGAUAUGGCAGAGGAAAUUCAAAAUAAACUGACCCAGCGUGAACAGGAGCUUGCAGAGAGAGCGAAGGCUGCAGAAAGUGGAAGCCAAAGUGACAGAGGCCCAACAAGCAAUGAUAGUACGAACCAGAACCUCGACGCAAGCCAGAUGUCUGCACUAACAAACCUGCUGGUUGUUGUUGGUUUUGCCUUAUUUGCAUGGACAGUGACGUACGUUGUUUCGACUUUAAGUGAAGAAGAAGGAUAGUGUGAAUUAUAUACCUAUAAUGGUCGAUGUUUUAUUUUAAAAUCUGCUAAUAUUUUGGAAAUGUUUAAAAGAAAUUGUCAUUAACAGUAGGGGGGGGGGAGGGGUGAAGGACUGAUAUUCAGUACUUCUGCUAUUAUUACUAUAUUCAUCUGAAGGCUGUAAUGAGAUAAGCUUCUGUGAAAAAUAUUCUCUUUUACUUGCGAGUAAUCUGGAAUGUGUUAUCUGAGUUGAACAUAUUUUUCUUUCCUUUUCUUGAUAUGCAUUUGUGUUUUUCCUAAGCUUACAGUAAAAAAUUGUGAGUGAGUGAGUGAAUGGAUAAAAAAAAGUGGAAUAUUUGUAUAUUAUUACAGUAUUUUUUCUGUGGUGAUAUGUUUUCUUUUGGAGGAGAAGCAAAAAUAACUGCAUAUUCACAUUAUUUGUAAAGAAGUAGCCCUGUUGUGAAUAUUAAUUGCUUUGUUAUUUGAUACGAAGGUUAUCAUAGUUAUGUAAGUUAUCUCCAGUGGCAAGCAAUCACCGAAGUUUAUACAGUACUGUUAUUUUCCACUAAGCCCUUGCAUAGAAUUUUAUAAAAAAAUAAAUAAAAAAAUAAAAGCCACCAAAUGAUGGCCACAACUGUACAGUAUGUAAUGCCUUCAUUCAGAAAAAUAUAUAUAAGCAUCAGUUCAUUCAAAAUUAUUAAGGUGCAUUAAGAAUAUAGUGAUAUGAAAAGAAAUGAGAAAUGGUUAUGUAAAAUACAUACCAUCUUAUGGUUCCAUUGUAGUACAGUAUUAAGAAGUGAAUUUCUUCUUGUACUUCAUUGUAUUUUUGUACUAUACUUAAUUGUAUGUUAGAUUGACUGUUCAGACAAAAAAAUUAAUUGUUAAAACAUCACCCACAUAUAGAUGUGUAUUUUUGUGGUGUGCUAAUAUAUAGUUGAACAGUAGAGUCUGACUAGUUUGAUUGCCUGUAGGAAUUGAACCAUAAUUAUCCAAGCUUUGUUUACAGCUGCAUCAUGCACUGAUUGGCUAAUCUAUUAAUAUUAGCAACAUUUAAUGGAGAAAAUAAUAAGGGUUGUUGCUUGAAGAUGGUGUGUAUUAGAAGACGUCAGAGAAUUGGAGGUCAUUUCAUAAGCACUAAUGUGUAAACAGAAUAUAAGAAGUUGUAUGAUUGCAGCUCUGCAGGUCAGUGUACACAACUUCAGGUGGAGCACAGAAUGCAGAUAGCAACCUAUCCUCAUGGUUUAUGUUAUACUUGUGCUAUAUGUACAUAUCAAAAAGUCCAUUUUGGAACUUAACCAUUUAGUACUAAAAUGCAUUUACAAAAUGGGAUAUUUUCAAAUAAAGAUGAAAAUCAUAGCCAAUUUAAUCUAGGCGUAACAAAUUAAUAUAGAGUUAUUUCUAUGUUAGGCCUACAUUAUACUUGAAAAGGUUGUAUUUCACUUUCAUUUUGGCUUCCCCAUCUCAAAAAAAUAAAUUGUAAGUGAAUUUUUUACUAAAUGGUUUCAUUUUAAUUGGUGUUAAAAAUCUGUACAUAAAGGUUUAGCACAAAUGUGGGGAUAGGUUAAAGACUGCCAGUUAUUAAAAUUGUAUGUAAAUAUGCAAGUUCAUAUGUAAUAUGAUGGCACAUUUAUACGUGUGUGUGUGUGUGCGUGCACGCUUAUAUUUUAUUCCGGCAAGUAUUUCCUUACUUCAUGUCAGUUCACACAGGACUUUUCUCUUUUUAUGCAAUCCUGUUUGGUUCCUCACAUGUUUUUAUUGUUAUUUUCUUCUAGAAUGUGUCCUUCCCAGCUCUCAGUUUUAUCACUUAUUAUUUUACUCUUGUUUUCCUCUUAAUAUGGCUGAGGCUGUGUAGCAGUUUGGGUUGGGUCUUCUCUAUUUGCUGUGUUUUAAAAUUCUCUCUCUCUCUCUCUCUCUCUCUCUCUGUUUCUUGGCUCUCUUGUACCACUCGCUCAUCCCCUCAUUCAAAUAAGUUUUCAAUCAACUUAUGUAUGUGAGUUUUGUCACUUUAGACAGUUGGUUAAAAUAUUUGUUAACUAUUCUGCUGUCAACUCUUGAGACAAGGAAAGCCUUAUUGUACUAUACUGUUUCCCAGCAUUUCUGGUAGAUGAAUCAUGUUGUCAUAUGGGAGUUUCUUUCUUGAGUUCUGUGUCCCUUGGCAUUCCUAAUAUAAAUUUUCUCAUCUCAA